AUGCUUGCAAAAAAGCCUCGCCCGUGGAGGAUUAACCUUAUUUUAGAACUUACUCGAAAUGGAUGGGUAAAAAUUCGGGACAAAAUUAUAGAAAAUUUUGGAAAAACGUGUAAGGACCUCGAGUAUCGAACUACAAUCGAUUUACUUGAUAACAUAGUGCCGGCAACACUUGAUAUCUAUGCAAAUUUAUUUCGAGCAGGUUUGUUUGAUGAAUAUGUGGAAACG